GCCAGGCACACAGACGUUAAGGGACUUCACAAUGCUGUCAACUAUGUUCGCUGUGCUAUCCCUGCUCAUUCUGGCGGUUGAGUCUGGAUCAGCAGUGGAGCUAAAGGCACAGAUUUUUAUGGCGGGAUUACAGGGUGAUGUCCUUUUCUCCCAGAGUAACCUUGGUGGCCCCAUAGAGGUCAUAUUUGACUUGAAGGGCUUGCCUGCUGGGAAGACAUAUAACUGGAGUAUACGAGAGUUUCCUGUGAACUAUGAUGUGGCAGAUCGCUGCAGCGAGACAGCUAUUGGUCAAAGUAUACAUGAUCAUAUUUCUGGGACUGUCACUAACACAACCCAGGUCACAAAUAUAUCUAUCCCUAAUGCUGGAGUUGAUCUCAAUGGAACAUCUAGUCUUCUAGGCAGGUCCAUUCUUCUGAAGGACCAAGAGGAGCUUUUAGAAUCGGCCUGUGCCAGCAUUCUCCCCUUGCAUACUCUGACCACAGCCAUUGCUCGCUUCCAGUCUGAGAUAGCUGGCACAGUCCUGCUUCGCCAGCCGACAAACAUGGAUGAUGCUGAGACAAUGGUGGUCACAGACCUCUUCUAUGUUAAUGACAUGACCGAGGUUGGAAUGUACAACUGGAAAAUCAUGACUAACUCGGCUGACAAUAGUGCUCUGGGACCAAAUGUUUGUGAAAAUUUAGGAACAAUUUUCAACCCUGCUGGAGCUGUGGAAGGGGUUGAUUGUCAAGCCGGUAACCACUUUAAUUGCUCUGUAGGUGAUCUAACAGCAAAGCUCGGGAAAGUGAGCGUUGGCGCUGAAAUGUCAGGAGCCAGGCAUUUAACAUCUGAUGCUAAUCUACCACUGACAGGUGGGCAGAGUAUUGCAGACAAAGCCUUGGCGCUUCUCGAUGCCAAUGGGGCUAUUAUCACUUGUGCCAACAUCAAGGCGUUCCAAACAAAGAUGGCCACAGCAUUUUUCAGCAUGGAUGGUAUCCAGGGCAACCUUAAGUUUGUUCAAGAUUCGCCCUAUGACCCUACCCUUGUCCAGGUUAACCUCUUUGGUCUGAAAAGUAAAGCUGGAGGUUAUCAUGUCCACGACUUUCCAGUUCCACAACGGAUAAGCAAAGAUGACAAAGUCUGCAGUGGUGACUCAGUCAGUGGUCACUGGAACCCAUUCAUGUGGGUCAAGGCCACUAGCCCAGCAGAAGGCAGUGGGACAAGUGACCAGUACGAGGUGGGUGACCUGAGCGGGAAGUAUGGACUCUUGACUGGUUUGUCACAACUCCAAACUAACUACACAGAUUGGAACCUGCCCCUGUUUGGGAAAAAUAGCAUUAUUGGUAGAUCCAUUGUAAUUCAUAGAAGUUCUGAUGGAAGCCGUUGGGUCUGCUCGAAUAUUGUAGGCUCGUCAAUGCUGCGAACUGCAGUUGCAACCUUUAAAUACCCAGUAAUUGGCAGUAUGUAUUUCCAGCAACCUGCCGAUGACCCCAUGGCAGACACGAGUAUUUUCCUGAAGCUGAACUACGGUGAUGGAAGUUUCGAAACAGUUGGUCACAAUUGGCACAUCCAUGUGGAUCCCAUUGGGGAUGAUUUUGAUGCCGACAUUUCGUUGAGGUGUAAAAGUGCCAAGGGACAUUACAAUCCAUUCCAUGUUUAUCUAGAAGGUAACUAUUCCAGCUCUUGUAGACCAGAUAAUGGCAUGCGAUGUGAAGUGGGCGACUUAGCAAACAAACAUGGAAAACUGGCAAUUAGGACGCCGGAAGGAAUGGGAAUGAAAUAUUUCUUCACGGACACUACUCUUCCAUUAUCUGGACCUAACAGUAUCAUUGGCCGCUCAGUUGUGAUACACGGGAGAGACUCUGGUGACUCGAGAAUGUCGUGUGCUAAUAUUUACCAUAUGACAAUGAUGAAUGCAGAAGUGACAGAAUGGUCAUCCAGUGAGGUCACAGGGUCAAUGAAGUUCCACCAGGCGCCCAUGUGUGACCACUCCAUGCUGAUGGUGGAUGUGACUGGACUGGGUCACAUAGCAGGAGGGUACCAUGUACAUGAACUGCCAACUCUGAAGGGUGCUCAGAAUCCAUGUUCAGGGGCCAGCGUAGCUGGACACUAUAAUCCAUUUCAUGUCAACAUUUCAGUGAGCCCCGCUCCUGGAAAUGGAACCCUGGAUAAGUAUGAAGUUGGGGACUUGAGUGGCAAACACGGCCGAGUCACGGGUCUACAAGGGCUGAAGGAAACAUUCAUGGACAACAAUCUGAUGCUGUACGGCACUCGAAGUGUCGUGGGGCGGUCGAUUGUCAUUCACAAAGAGGAGAAGAAUGCCCGAUGGAUCUGUGGAAACAUACUGCCAACCACUGGGGCAUCUGACAGAACUUACAGGGCAAAAGCUACCUUUAAAGGAACUGUUCAAGGAUUCAUUAUGCUGACUCAGGUGCGCUACGGUGAUGGAAGGCUAAGUGACACUCAAGUGUACGUCGAUCUCAGCUAUCCCAUAAACCCAUCCAAAAAGACUCUCCAGCAUAACUGGCACAUCCAUGAGAAGCCCGUCGGGGUGGGCCAGGGCUGUGGUAGCGCCGGGGGUCAUUAUAACCCUUACCAUGUGGAUGUCAAGAAUAACUACACAGAGUGUUCCAUGCACAAUCCACUGCGGUGUGAGCUGGGAGACCAGGCAGGUAAACUUGCAGCCUACGACAUCGGCGGGGGGCCAAGGCUCUACACAGAUGUGGACAUUCCACUGGCUGACAAAUUUUCAGUGUUGGGAAGGUCCUUUGUGUUUCACGCUGAGAACAGAGGUGCGCCCCGAAUCGCCUGCGCUGAUAUCCUGCCUAUGGACGCACAGACAGUGGAGAUGAUUAUAGCCAACCCUAAACCUUUUGACAAGUUGGAUUUCAUGAACACCAUAUCAGAGCUAGUGGACGCUCCACGCUGGAUUGUUAGUGUGGCGAUGGUCACAUCUGAUAUUACCACGGACGAGUGUGUAACAGUCAUGGCUUAUAUCACAGGUCCAGACUCGAGAGAGAUGGAGGACAAAUUAAGGUCAUUCAUGGAGAAUGAGCCAGAACGGCUGGGGUUGUACAAACCGUGUGUAGCAUCAGCUUCGAUGGCGUGUUGGUCUGUGUUUCUGCUGCUGUGUGGCUUAACCCUGCAGGGGUGGCUAACCCUGUGAUCUGGCCCGAGUGACAAACUUCUCAGCCUUACUGCACGAUUUACGCUCAACGUUCUGUUGUUUACUACAUAUUGCUUCAAAAAAGUCCAAUCGUAGCAUACAAUGAUGGGUACAUAUUUUUGUGUAUAAGAUGUCUGUCUAGAUAGAAGUCCAGCCCACUGUAUGAUGAGAAUUCUGUUACACUUGAAGUCUGGAUGAUGAGAAUUCUGUUACACUUGAAGUCUGGAUGAUGAGAAUUUUCUGAAGACAUAUAGCCUUCAGGGGACAAGUCUUAUAAAUUCAUUCACCAAUCAUUAUUGCAUUUAUACCAAGGCGUUUUAGUGCUUUCAUGAAAACUUUACAUAUCAGCUGGGCCUGUUGAUGGUCAGAGAUUAGUCAGCAUUGAUAUAUUAACAAGUAUUUAUAGAUUUCAUUUUAAAAUGUCCAAAAAAAAAAAAAAAAAUUGCAAAUUGAGUAUAAGAAUACUCAAAAUGCUUUGUACUCAGAUAUACUUUAUACUUACAUUUAAAUUU